AUGGAAAAAUAUAAUCCAGGAGCAUCUAUUAUUUAUUCAUGUGUAGCAUAUAGUGAAACGAUAUUAGUAGAUUAUUCUGAUGUUUCAAUUCCUCAAAUAGAUUCAGUUAUUCAUCAAAUAUUAAAAAAAGUAAUAAAUGUGAAUGACACUAUGGUAGUCAGAAAAGAAAAUAUUAUAAUUAACGUGUUAUCAAAAUACAAUCUUGUCACUGUCGCAAUCACUGGAACAACUUUUCCUACAGAACGUGUUUUUGACUUUCUGGAUGAUAUUUAUGUAACUUUUGUAAAAACAUUUAAUGAGGAUCAAUGGAAAAAAUGUAGUGAAAAGACACUUAAUUCUACUUUCUCUUUAUUAAUCAAACAAAAAAUUAAACAUUUUAAUGACCUAACUACAGACCCAUUAAACUCUAUUCAAUUAACUAUGAAUGACACUUUAAAUCAAAUAAAUGAUAGUAUUGAUCUAUUAGUUAAUCGUGGUAAUGUUCUUGAUGAAAUUGAAACUAAUUCAAAUUAUCUUGUUGAAGCUUCAUUGGAUUUAGAACAAUCAUCAAUAAAACUUCGUCAAAAAUAUUAUUUGACUACUACCAAAACCAUCUUUUUAGUCUUCUUCUUAGUUGUAUUUGUGGUAUUUCUUAUUGUUUGGGGUCACUGUGGUAUUUCUUUUGAACAAUGCCGCCAUUAG